GUAUGUAUGACGUUUGUUUUGUUAUAACAUUUCUAUUGUAUGCGAAAAAGAGAGAAGAAGACCGGCUGUUUUAGUUUUAUCGCAUUGUUCUCUAUCACACAUGCCCUGUGUAUGGUAUUUUCCGUAUAAUAUAAAGUAUGCAAAACCACAGCAAUUGACGAAAAAUUAAAAUAAAAUAAAUAAAUAUCUACUCCUACGAUAAAUACAUAGCCCGAACUUGAACCCAACACAAAGCGAUAACAACAACAACAAUACUAAUCCAUAUACUGGUUGAAUUAGAAAAAGGCAAGAAAUAUAGAUACGAGUGUAUGUACUUUGUAAUUGAACUCGUAUGAAUACCACGCGCGCACAUACAUCUUUCUUCCAUCGUACACUAUCAUCAUUGUCUUUGUAUCACAUUUAUGAAAGAAAGAUGAUCUCGGGAUUGUCGUUAGCUUUCCAAUAUAAAAGAAGCAAAAAAAUGCCAAAUUAAGAUCAUAAUUGAAACGCGUUAGUAUCAAACUAGAAGUUAAUUAGGCGUGCGCCAAACAAUUGUUUCUCACUGUUCCACUGUAAUUUGUACGGAGGAAUUUUUCUGCUAGAGUACAGAACACACAUAUAUAUUUUAUUUUUCAACAAAUAAUAGAGUGACAAACAUCUGGUGUCUCUUUUUAAAGUAGUAGGCAGCCAGUUUAACGCAAAUACUAACGAUUCGGAACCAUUGAGCUUCGGAAUAAAUAAAGAAACGAACUUUUGCAACAAAACUGAACAAAUUUACAUUAUUCACAUUAGACUAGCUCCUUUUGUGCUAACGUUCAUGUGUGUUUCUCUCUUAUUAUUUUUUUUUUUAUUUGUUAAAAUUCCAAACAUUCGUCAAUCGGAAACAAAGUAUUUCGAAAGAAAGAAUAUUCCAUAAAAAUCCAUGCGAGUGACUUUGUGCAUAACAUUUUUGGACACAACAAAAUAAUAAAAUUCAAGCCACAAAAUGGGCAGUGCACUUUAUCAAUAUUUAUGCUGUAUUUGCGUGAACUUAUGCACAGUCGGUUAUGGAAUAUCAGUUGGUUGGAUGGCAAGCGCUGUAGUUGUGUACGAUUCAGAUGCAAGUCCAUUGCCAACGGGAAGAGUGAAAAUGGAUGAAAUCGGGUGGAUCGUAUCAAUUCUUGGAAUCGGAGGUUUAAUUGGCACGGUGGCUGUUGGUUGGCUUUCUGAACGUGUUGGUCGUAAAAGUGCUUUGAUCGCUAUGGCUGUACCACAAAUUAUCAGUUAUUUGUUAAUUAUCUAUGCACAAAAUGUCUACUAUUUGUAUGCGUCUCGAUUUUUGUCUGGUUUUGUUGGCGGUGCAGUAUUUGUCGUCAUUCCAAUUAUGGUUGCCGAAAUCGCCGAAGACAGAAUUCGCGGUACGUUGUGCACGAUAUUGGUACUUGGUUCAACGGGAGGUGUAUUACUUGGUUUUGUAGCUGGUCAUUUUCUAGAUUAUUCUGAAACACCACGCAUUUCUUUGAUGUUCCCCAUUUUAUUUAUUGCAUUUUUCUCAUUCAUGCCCGAAACACCGUAUUACUUGAUGAAAACCAAUCGCAUGGAGGAAGCCGAAAAAUCGCUUCGCUUUUAUCGUAACAUAUCGCCAAAGGCGGCUGUAUCUGAUAACAAGACAUUUGAACAUGAACUAUCAAAAUUGAAAUAUUCAUAUACUGAAACGCAACGCAAAGAUACCGAAUGUUCGUCUAGUUCACCAUUGAAAUUGAGCGACUUUUUUAAUCGUCCAUUUGCAAUUGGUUGUACUUUAAUGGUUGCGCACGAAACAUGCGGUGGAUUUACAAUGUGCGCUUAUGCAGCGAUGAUUUUUUCUAAGUCUGGUUCAACAAUGUCACCCGGCAUCUCUGCAAUAAUUGUGGGUGCCAUUCAAUUUCUUGGAUCUUACGUUUCGGCAUUAUUGAUCGAUCGACUUGGUAGAAAGGUACUUAUGGUAUUUUCAUUCACCGGCACUGGCAUAAGUCACGUAGUGUUGGCCACUUAUAUUUAUCUAGCUUCUUCGACUAAUAUAAAUUUACAAGCUUUCCAAUGGGUACCAGUCGCAAGCUUUUCAGCAAUGAUAUUCAUUGCAUCGUGCGGUGCUCUUCCAAUUCCAUACGUUAUUGUUUCGGAAAUUUUACCUGAUAAAAUUCGAAGCAUUGGUACGACAUUUAUCUUUUGCAUUUCAUGGGCUUUGACCUUUGUGUUGGUCAAAAUAUUCCCACCGCUCUUUGCCACAAUUGGAUUACAUUCGUGCAUUUUCAUGUUUGCGAUUUCCUGUUUUGCGACCGUUGUCUAUUUGCUGUUAUUUGUUCCAGAAACCAAAGGCAAAAGCUUAGAUGAGAUUCUAAUCAUUUUGAAGGCAAAAUAGGGCAAUCCUUUGAAAUGCACGAAACGAAGUUUCUGCGCCUGUAACAUCAUAUAUUCUAAUUUAAUAUAAUUAGCCCAUGGCAAAAUUCAAACUAUAAAUCCGCUUUGAACCGGAAUCAAACAAAAUCAGAACAAAUAUCGUCCUCUUUAUCAGCAUCCUAAUCGGGAUUCGGGAUAGAAAAUCCGCACAACUAACAAACA